AUGGCACCCAUGCAGCGGCUAGCCACGUGCUUCUUGUUGGUUGUUUCUCCGGUGGCUGUCCUUGGCCAAUCCUCCUCAUUUCCUAAUGUCGAACCUGCAGCUACUUUCGUCCCAGCCACUCCGGUAGCAGGCGCACCUCUUCAAGAAGCAGAGAAUCUACAGUUGACAGAUGCUGUCAUUGAGCGGCUCGUCACCGAGCAGGGUGUUUCCGAAUAUGCGGAAUACUUCGCGUUCGACGACAGCACGGCUGCUAGUGAUGCGCGUGUACGACGCACAGCUUCAGCAUCUUGUAAGACAUUUCCUGGAGACUCGGAGUGGCCCAAGGAAAAUGUCUGGAACAUCUUCAACGUCCUUUUAGGGGGAUCACUCAUCCCAACCAAGCCUAUUGCUGCCUCAUGCUACGAUUCGAAAUGGGGAAAGAAAGACGGUGCAAAGUGUACAGAAGUUACCAAUAAAUUCACGGAUCCGUUGUUCCAUCAUGCAGAUCCUACAUCAAAUAUGUGGCCCAUCUUUCAGGGUAGGACAUGUAUGCCUAAGAAUGACACUGACGGCAAAUCGUGCACACUGGGCGGAUAUCCUGAGUACGCAAUCAAAGUCACCAACGUGGCGCAGAUUCAGCUUGCCAUCAAUUUCGCAAGAGCGACCAACCUUCGUCUAGUUAUCAAGAACACUGGUCAUUGCUAUCUGGGAAAGUCCACUGGUGCCGGAGCAUUAAGUUUAUGGAUGCACAACAUGGACCAAAUCGACUAUCUUCCCAACUACAAAGGCCCAGGCUAUUCAGGGCCGGCUUUCAAGGUUGCUGCUGGAGUUACCGUCAGGCAGAUCUAUGAAGCUGCGGACAAAUACGAUGUUACUGUUCUCGGUGCCGUUUCAUGGAGCGUUGGGUGGGCUGGUGGUAUGAUCACUGGUGGCGGACAGAACCCUCUUGCCGGUGUCUACGGAAUGUCAGCCGACCAUGUUGUCGCAUUUCAAGUGGUAACAGCUGAUGGUCGCUUCAUCACUGUUUCCGAAGCUUCGAACCCUGACUUGUUCUGGGCGCUUCGAGGUGGCGGUGGCGGUACUUUCGCCGUCGUCGUAUCGGUCAUCGUUCGCGUGCACCCCAAGAUAAACGUCGUUACUGCAGGCUGGUAUCUCGAUGCUUCGAACAAUAGCCUUGAAGACUUCUGGAAGGGUACUAAGAAGUUCUAUGAAGUUUUCCUUGACUGGGCAGAGUCAGGCAUAUACAGCUUUUUCAUUAUGGGCAACCAACCUCAACCAUUCCUCAGCAUGGCGUACCUUUUCGCAGCAAAUCAUACUGCGGAAUCAUACGAUAAGGUCGUAAAUCCAUUUUUCGACUACCUUGACACGAACAACAUCACGCUUACGAAGCCUCAUACAAGCGUGGCACACAACAACUUCUACUCAGCCUACCAGGCAGCUUGGGGCUCUAACAACUUCCCUAUUGGUCUGGACAACUCGCUUCCGGCAAAUCGCAUCGUCCCUCGACGCAACUUCCAGGAAAAGUUCAAUGAAACUUAUGCACUGAUCAAGGAACAUGUCUCCGCUGGUAAACAUCUCCUUGGCUACCACAAGACUCCCGUUAAGUACGCAAAUACCAACAACGCCAUUAGCCCAGCAUGGCGCGAAUGUGGCAUGUUCAUGGUUACCUCAUCGAACAAGUCGAUGGAUCACUCCACACCUGAGGCACUCAAACUUGCGAACAAAGAUCUACAGGAAAAUAUCCUCCAGCCCUGGCGUGACAUCUCACCUGUGUCCGAGGGUGGUGGCACAUAUCUCAACGAAGCCAGCGUCGAAGAGCCCGACUGGCAAGAGUCGUUCUAUGGAGGUUACUACCCGAAGCUGAGUCAGAUAAAGAGGAAAUGGGACCCUACCGAUGUUUUCUAUGCGACCACUGCUGUUGGAAGUGAGCGAUGGGUAGUUCAAGACGGAGAGCAGGGUGUUCAAACCCAAAAUGGAAGGCUAAAUUCUGUGAACAUGCAGAAUCGCGACACACCACCACAUUCGGGUCCGAACACCCCAGAAACACAAAUGUUGAGAUACUCGCCUAUCAUUACCACAGACGAUCUCGCAACUCCCACUAGCUUACCAUCUGUAUCACUGACUCCAACACCUAAGACAUGGAGAUGCAAGGCAUCCGAGAAUCCCACGCAAGAUGAGGUAGAGGCCGAUUUGUUACUCAAACGUCAUCAGCAAGACCUAUUGGUUCUUACAAGCUUGAAUGACAACUCGACACUGCAUUGGCGCCCCUCGUGGUUCAAGCAAGCUCCUUUCAACAACUCAAUCUGGACACUUCACAAUCCGCCAAACGUAGUGACCGAAAAGCUUCCGAAUAGUGUGCCACAAAGCAAAGACUACUAUACUCGACGCAUGAGACAACAAAGUGAUCGACCACCAAUCUACAUCAAAACCUGGGAUCAUUGGGAUCGAUAUUGCGAGUUGUAUGGAGUGCCACCAGACCUCUUGUCAGAAUAUCAGGUUGGCCUCAUGCGCCUUGGACUACCGCGUACUGAAAAGGGAGCGCUUUGUGCUCCACCGUCAUAUCCACUCUAUCCGGAACCACAACCUAGAGGUUGUGGGCACUACAUCCUUGACCUUUCAACAUACACAACCCAUCUACCGUCCAAGUUCCGUUCUAUCAAUCAUGACGCGGGAUUUCCAGAGGAUGUCCAAGUUGUCGUUGUACAUUCUGAUGGUGCGCUAAUAGUGGAGCGCAAAGAUGAGAUGCACAAGCAUCGUAUCAAAUGGACGCUUUCCGACGGCAAGACGGAGAAUGGGGGUGAUUCGGGAUAUGACGUUGUUACCGAUUCCCUAAAGCAGCAGGGUUCGGCGAGGCGAUGGACGUAUGUUCCAUGGACUAGCGAGCAAGAUGAGAGCUGCAAGCGGCUGAGUUUGGUGGUAAAGCUGAAAGUCAACCACAAAAGGAAAUAUGAGACUACUAGAGAGGAUGAAACUACUGGGAUAGCGCACAAGACAGAGGACCAGAAGCCAAACAAGAAGAACAAUGUGAGCAGAAUGCUCAGGGAGCUGCAGUGA